UCUGUUACAGCUCUGACAGUAGAUACAGAGUUUCCCUGUGCUAUAGAUGCCAAAUGUUUUACACAGAACACAAAGCCUAUUAACCCACACACAGGUAAGGCAGGUGAGAGGCCACUGAUAUGUACUGAGUGUGAGAAAUGUUUUACAUACAAAUCAGAUCUUGUUAUACAUCAGAGAAGUCACACAGGUGAGAAGCCAUUUCCAUGUUCUGAGUGUGGAAAAUGUUUUGCAAGCAAAUCAGAUCUUAUUAAACAUCAGAGAAGUCACACAGGUGAGAAGCCAUUUUCAUGUUCUGAGUGUGGGAAAUGUUUUACACGGAAAUCAUAUCUUGUUACACAUCAGCGAACUCACACAGGUGAGAAGCCAUUUCUUUGCUCUGAGUGUGGGAAAGGUUUUGCAAACAAAUCAGAUCUUGUUAAACAUCAGAGAAGUCACACAGGUGAGAAGCCAUUUCCAUGUUCUGAGUGUGGGAAAUGUUUUACACGGAAAUCAUAUCUUGGUACACACCAGCAAACUCACACAGGUGAGAAGCCAUUUCUAUGCUCUGAGUGUGGGAAAUGUUUUGCAAACAAAUCAAAUCUUGUUAUACAUCACAGAAGUCACACAGGUGAGAAGCUGUUUUCUUGCUCUGAGUGUGGGAAAUGUUUUACACAAAAACCACAUCUUGUUAUACAUCACAGAAGUCACACAGGUGAGAACCCAUUUCCAUGUUCUGAGUGUGGGAAAUGUUUUACACAGAAAUCAUAUCUUGUUACACAUCAGCGAACUCACACAGGUGAGAACCCAUUUCCAUGUUCUGAGUGUGGGAAAGGUUUUGCACACAAAUCACAUCUUGUUAAACACCAGAGAAGUCACACAGGUGAGAAGCCAUUUUCUUGCUCUGAGUGUGGGAAAUGUUAUACACAAAAAUCACAUCUUGUUAGACAUCAGCGAACUCACACAGGUGAGAGGCCAUUUCCAUACUCUGAGAAAUAAAUCAGCUCUUGUUGCACACAAUAGACAUCACUCAGUUGAGGAACCAUUUUAAUCUUCUGGAGUAUACUCAUCAUUGCCAUGUGUUGUUCUUCAAGGUUCUUAUCCUAUCUCCUAUGCUUUUUGCAAUAUACAUGCUACCACUGGGUAAAAUAAUCAGAUGUCAUGCCCUCAUCUACCACUGCUAUGCAGAUCACCUGUCUUUUGCUCCAGGUAUUGAGAACCCAGUACCAAUCCUAAAUGGUCUCGCUGAGCUCCAGGUGUGGGUGAUGCCAGUUGGCUGUGACUCAGUCCUGGUGAAACAGGUCUAUAUGGUAAAAGCUCACCAACAAAGAGCAGGGCUACAGCUCAGCUUUGCAAACUAACCAGACUUUUGCUUGGGGGUUCAGAUUUACAAAAUGUUGAUCAUGUGUGGAAUCUUGGUGUAAUGGAUGGUGUAGUGACACUUACACAUCAGGUAUCAGCCACAAUCAGAUCCUCAUCUGAGGAACAUAGCCAGACUCCAGCACUUAUUUCCCUCAGAAGAUCUACCUACAGUCAUACAUACAAUGCCACGGCCACAGGGCGCUGUAUAAAAGUGACCCCCGGCUGUGGCAUUAUCUGUCCAGCUAGUGGAGCCCGGUGCUGGUACAAAAAAUACGUGUGACCUGUAUUUUUUGCACCAGGACCAGGCGCAGAGCCCGGUGCUGGUUGUUAAAAUACGGGGGAUCCC